AGUCAUGUAUGCAUAAAAUAGUUAUCCAACUGGGCAAAGUUCAUUAGUCGGYUCAUUUUGAAAAGCUGGGGAGUGUAGGGAGUGUUGGUGUUUAUAGUUAAUCUAAAAUUUAAUGAAAAUUUGAACAAUGUCGACCCUACGUUUUUUUGGAGCUUUAUCGAAAAUCUCCCGUACUAACAUAAAGUUUAAGAACACAGCUCAAAUUCGCGGCAUGGCCUCACAGGAAAGGAAGCACACGAAACUCAAAAUUGUGGAUAAUGUUGGAGUCAUAGUUUUAGAUUCGCCAGGAGUCAAAGUGAACACUUUAAAUGGUGAAGUAAUGGGCGAAUUUGGCUCCGUCCUGAACGAGAUUGAAUCCAACCCCCAGAUCCAAGCCGCAGUAUUAAUCUCCUCUAAACCCAACUGUUUUAUCGCAGGCGCCGACAUUAGUAUGUUGGAGAAAUGUCAGUCAGCCGAAGAGUCUACCAAGAUAUCACGCGAGGGUCAAGAAAUGCUGUCGGCUAUCGAAAGCAGCAACAAGCCGAUUGUAGCUGCAAUUCAAGGAUCAUGUUUCGGUGGUGGUCUAGAAGUUGCAUUAUCCUGCCAUUACAGAAUUGCAGUUAAGGACAAAAAAACCGGUUUGGGUUUACCGGAAGUUAUGUUGGGGCUUCUUCCGGGAGCCGGAGGCACCCAACGUUUGCCACGUCUAAGCACCGUUCCGAACGCUUUAGACAUGUGUUUGACCGGAAAGACAUUGAAAGCAGAUAGGGCGAAAAAAGUGGGAAUUGUUGAUUUGUUGGUCGAUCCUUUGGGACCGGGAUUGAGCGACCCUGAAACUGUCACGAGGCAGUAUCUGGAAUCGGUGGCGGUUGAUGUUGCCAAACGGUUGGCCAGUGGAAAAUUGAAAGUCGACAGGAAGAAGUCUAAUCUCACAGAUAGGCUUUUGGAGUUUGCUUUGCAAUAUAAUUGGGUCAAGGAUCAGAUUUUUGGGAAAGCCAAAGCUCAAGUUAUGAAAAUGUCGGGAGGGUUAUAUCCAGCUCCACUCAAAAUUUUGGAAGUUAUUCGUACCGGAAUUGAUAAAGGGCCAAAAGCCGGUUACGAAGCUGAAGCUCGAGCUUUCGGCGAACUUGCAAUGACUCCACAAUCUAAAGGGUUAAUGGGUUUGUUCCGCGGCCAAACACAGUGUAAGAAAAACCGAUUUGGAAAACCCUCAAGAGAAGUUAAAACUGUUGCGGUUUUGGGAGCUGGUUUAAUGGGUGCCGGUAUAGCUCACGUCUCAGUUGAUAAAGGCUACAAUGUUAUUUUGAAAGACACAAACCCGGUGGGUUUGGCACGUGGUCUUGGUCAGAUUCAAACAGGUCUGCAAAAUGCAGUGAAAAGAAAGAGGUUUACUGGUUUGGAAAGAGACCGCUAUUUGUCAAAUCUAGACGCAACUCUAGACUACAAAAAUUUCAAAAAUGCUGAUAUUGUCAUCGAAGCAGUUUUUGAGGAUCUAAAUAUCAAACAUAAAGUCGUAAAAGAAGUCGAAGCGAUUAUUCCUCCACACUGCGUUUUUGCAACAAAUACUAGCGCUAUUCCAAUUUCCAAAAUUGCUGCAGCUUCUUCCAGGCCAGAUAAAGUUAUAGGCAUGCAUUACUUCUCUCCCGUCGACAAGAUGCAACUUUUGGAAAUAAUUACAACUGAUAAAACUAGCAAAGACACCACUGCCCUCGCCGUGGACGUCGGUCUGAAGCAAGGAAAAGUUGUUAUUACCGUUGGAGACGGCCCUGGUUUUUACACCACUCGCAUUUUAUCUGCCAUGAUGGCAGAAUCUGUAAGACUGCUCCAAGAGGGUGUCGAUCCCAAAGAAUUGGAUUCAUUGACGAAAAAAUUCGGUUUCCCCGUAGGUGCUGCCACUUUGGCCGAUGAAGUCGGUUUGGACGUCGCUUCACACAUCGGUCCUGACCUCCACAAAGCCUUUGGUGAAAGAUUCGGAGGAGGUGAUAUGGGGGUCAUGAGAGAUAUUGUCCAGGCCGGUUUCUUGGGUCGCAAAUCGGGCAAAGGUAUCUACGUUUACGAAAAAGGAAGCAAAAACCGUAACGUGAACUACGAAGCGAUGGAUAUUAUCAAACGCUAUUCGAUUCAACCGAGAGGCUCGUUCGAGGAUGAGGAUAAGCAGUUGAGGAUGGUGUCGAGAUUCGUAAAUGAGGCGAUUUUAUGCUUGGAAGAGAAGAUUUUGGCGAAUCCUCUUGAGGGAGAUAUCGGAGCAGUAUUUGGACUGGGCUUCCCACCAUUUACCGGCGGACCCUUCCGCUGGGUGGAUUCUUUUGGUGCUGAUAGACUGGUUAGGAAAAUGGAGGAAUUCCAGAAAGCUUACGGAUUACCUUUCCAACCGGCCCAAACUUUGGUGGAUAUGGCAAGGGAUAACUCCAAGAAAUUCUAUCCUCGCAAUUGAACGAUGUAUUAACGUGUGCCUUACACCUUUCGGAAUAUUUUAUUUUAUACCGGAAAUCUAUUUCUUACUUUUUUAUAUAUCAGUAAUGUAAUAGCAUGUUCAUUGUUAUUGGACAUAAGGUCUAUUUUUCUGUAAAUAAAUUUUAUUCUAUUUAUCACAA